AUGUACUCCACUUUCUCCGCCAACUUCGACACCACGAUCGACGCCUCCCGUUACAGAUCAGCCACGCCUAUUACAACUCCACGACCAAAGCGCAACCAGGUCGCUCGGGCCUGCGACUGGUGUCGGCUCAAUCGUGUCAGAUGCGAUGACAAGCAGCCAUGUCGGAACUGCCUGAAUCGAGGAGGCUCUUGCAGCAACACAAAGCCACAGGAGGCCACCUCGCUCCCAGCCGCAAACCGAGAGAUGCAACGGUUACGAAGUAAAGUCAAGGACCUGCAGGAUCAGAUCGCGAAACUGAAAGAUGGAGCGCAAAUCCAAGCACAGACGGGUUUCGCGACACCACCAUUGUCGGAUGCUGCCCACACCUCGUUCGAUUUUGCAGAGCUCACCAAUACCACAGAAGGAUGGCAAGGCCUCCAGCAGACGGGGCAGAUUCACUAUGGGCCCUUGUCGUCCUCAUAUUUUGUCUCCCGAAUCAGUCGCUAUCUCUCACAAGCACUCGACCAGCCAAUAGAAGAUUCGAAGCUGGAAGCAUGCAUGGCACGCCUUCAUUAUGUUGCCCCAACCCAUCAACCGUCUCGAUGGGAUGCAAGCCCGGCCAGCCAGGCAGAUCAGCCUCCAGACGGAACCGAGGAGGCCGAGGAUCUGACCCGGUCACAAGAGGAACACUUUCUCAAUCUGCUCUGGCAGUCCUUUCAUUGUGUAUAUCCCAUCCUAGAUGAACGCGAGUUUCAGCAACAUUAUAACUCAUUAUGGUCAAGUUCCACGGAUGGAAUGUCUUCCCGGAAGCCAUCAGCCUUAGUCGAUGUUUUGUUGGCAGUCUGUAUGCAGUACAGCAGCACGUUCUUCGUCAGUGAUGACAACCAGCAGGGAGAUCCGGAUGCUGGAUGGCAGGCCAAACACGCGAAUCUAGCCAGUCGAACUUACUACCGGAGGGCCCAGAGGCUGCUGCAGAGUGAGCUCGAAAAUCCAACCAUCAUGGUCGUGCAGAGCCAUAUAUAUUCGAUUGUGUACUUGUACAACACCUCCCUGUUGAAUACGGCGCAUAUUAACCUGGGUGCCACGCUACGAAUCGCCCACGCGCUGCGGCUGCAUAUCCGCCCGCUGAACGGGACCGCCCCCGAACAACAGGAGCUACAGCGCCGAAUUUGGUGGGCGCUCUAUCGGAUGGACAGCCAACUCUCAAUAACCCUGGGUCGGCCGCCACUCAUUCAGAUGUCGCAUGUGAGCUGUGGGCUACCUGGAGAUGAUCGCGAGCACGCGAAACUAUCUGGCACAGUUCUUCUCACGAAUCAUGAAGACAUCAGCUGGCUUAGCUUCCAUGUCCAGUGCACGAAGCUCAUAUUUCUCGUCCAGGGUGUGCAGACAGCAUUUCACCGGAAAUGUUCCCAGUUGCUGAACGGGGAUAAAGUCAAGGAUCUAUAUGAUGACCCACGCGUCCUCGAGACUUUGGCCGAGUUUCUUGGACAGGAGAUGACGGCGAUCCAUAACUGGGUUCAAAAUGUGCCGCAGUCACUAUGUAAUCCUCGCAAGGGGGGCGGGGAACCCUUCUCCACCAAUCGGGAUGCGCUGAAUCUGUCUCCGUAUAGCCCGCUCUGGCUGCAGCGCCAACGCCUCCUGCUGGAGCUCCACUACCACCAUCUUGUCAUCUCGACACUGCGUCCCUUUAUCCGAUUCCCUCCUGUGAGCUCCUCGGUGACCCCACUGACCGACGGCUACAAUAUAUCCUGUCUGAAUCACGCCAUGGCGAUCACCAGUAUCCUAAACCAAGUGCUGUCCGAGACAGAUCUGCUGCGCGGCUGGUCACCCAUCUUCCAGUACCAGUGGGAUGCCAUCCUGUGUACCCUGGGAUUUGUGCUCGCCAAUUCAGUCUGCCCACCGACCCCUUCUGCCCGCAAGUCGCUGCAGACGGCGAUUCGCACACUGGACCUCGUGAGUGAUCACUUCGUCGCAGCCAAAAAUGCGGCGGAGGUCGUCCGCGAAGUCAGUUGCCAGGCCGAUCGACUCAUCAAAAGCGUCCAACAAGGCCUCACCCGGCGUCAAGUGCCGCGUACCAGCCAGGCCUUGUCUACCAGGGCCCGUAAUUCUCUGCCGCCGUCGAACCAAACCUCAUUCGUCACCCCCAGCCAACCAGGGUUCCGGUCCAACUCGCUCAAGCGGGCGCUGUCACCGACCACCCUGGAGGUAUCACAACAUCAGCCAAUGCCUAACUUUGAAGCACGCAUGCACUCAAUGGAAAUGAUGCCUAUUGGAUCGUUACCAGAGCUAUCUCCUUCUUUGGGGACUACAGAGUCUCUAUCGAUGCAUUCGGCCCCGUCUGCUGACAUGGUCAUCGGCACUGAAGCCCAGUGGCUGCAUGCGAAUGCGAUGAUCCUGGAUUCCUGGACCACCCACUCAUGA